ACUCCUGCUGCAUGGUGGAUGGAUGGUAGGCUACGUAGUAGAGGAGGAAACUAACGAUGCGAUGUCAUCAAAACGAAGCAUAGCAUAACAGUCCAAAAUGAAUAGGCCUAGCCAAAUUAAUAAUAUGGGUUUUUAUAAAACUCCAGUAUGCAAGGCUUUGAUGUUCAUCAUUGGUAUACCAUCAUUAAUUUUGAAUUUCACUCCAAAACUGCAAAGAUAUUUUGUGUACAGCUUCAGUGAUGUGACAAAUCCAUUAAAGAUUUGGAAGUUGUUAUCAAGUAAACUUGUGUUCCUGGACGUAACUGAUCUGGUGUGUGGUCUUAUAAUUCUGUAUUAUUUUAGAAUUUUUGAAAGAAGGGCAGGAUCAAGGAAGUUCUCUUCUUAUAUUCUAGCAAUGGUCAUCUUAUGUACAAGUUUAGAAGUUACAUUUUUAUUCAUGUUUAAAUUUGCUGGAUAUGACAGAAUAUCAUGGCAACCAGGAUUUCAGAGUGUUUUAAUGUCAUUGUUUGUCAAGUACUACUUGGAUAUACCUAGAACAGGAACCACUCAAGUACUCGGGGUUCCAUUUAGCAGAAAGACACUAACUUAUUUUAUGGGACUACAAAUAGUGUUUUCGGAGCCAAUGAAUGCAAUAUUUGCCCUAUGUGGGAUUUUUAUGGGAAUUUUACAUCGAUGUAAUGUCUUUGGUAUCCAGCAGUGGUUUACAAUACCACAGAGUGUAGCAGAAUUCUUUAGUAGCACGCUUGGGCCUGUGUUCAGAUCUAACCCUCCCCAGCCACUUACACAGCCCAUGGGAGCAACACAAGAAAUCCAAAGACAGCAAAGGUUGGAGUUAUUAGAACAGCAGAUGUUGCUAGCCCAAGCACAGGGCUUUAUGAACCAAAACCAUCAAAGGCCACUUUUCAGGAGGAGACAGGCAUUUCGAAGACGCAAUACUCACAACUCAGAACAAAACCAACCACAAGCAGAAGCUGCCUCUUCUCAGUUUGAUACAGAUAAUGAAAACCAAGCACAACAGCACCCUCUAGCUCCACAGCCACCGGAAGACAAGAUAGUACAGUUGACCGACAUGGGGUUUAGCAGGUCAGAAGUUCUUGAUGCUUUGUCCGUCACAGAUAACGACGUUUCGAUGGCCACCAACCUUUUGCUACAUGAGUAGCAGAACCUCAAGCAUUUUGAUGUUAUUUUCUGGUGUUUGUGCAACAGAGAAUCAUGGGAGAUCUAUGCAGUAUUUGGAUAAAUACAGUACAGUAUAUAUAAAUGAAUAUAUAUUAUAUAUAUGAAGUUCCAAAAUCCACCAUGUAUAUUAAUGUAAUUCUUAUAUGGAACGUACAUGGAUUACACAUGAGAUACAAUUAUAUUUCUUAAUGGGUUGUCUGUGAAUCUGACAUAAGUCUGUAAUUAAUUAAUUUCCUGUGGUCUGAUAUAUAUACCACUGAUCAUCAGAAAUUUCCCAGACAUUUGUGAGGUCUUACCACGAAAUGAGACGCAUCGUUGGUGAAAUCAUAUUGAGAUAUUCACCAAAAUAGGUCAAAGGCAACAUUUUUACAAAAUUUUGAUUUUAAUGUUUUUGAAUAACUUGAUACUUAUAUUUUAUG